AAAAAAAAGGAGAAAAAAAACGCCGCGGCCGACAUUUUGUCUGUGAUCGAAGGCGGCAACCGAGGAGCGCACGACAGUACUUCCAUCCCAAACGAUUUUUUAAACAAGAAACUGGUAAUUUCCGCUGUUUCUCUGUACUAUAUUUCACAGUUUGAUUUAUUGUUAAUAUAUGGGGUGUGUCGGGUGUACUAUUUUUAAUAAUUACAUUUCAUGUAAGGGUGGCCAGAGCUGUCUAAGUAGGCCUGUGUUUCCGAGCACAAACAAAUCCUUAUUUUCCAACUGCAAUCCUUAUUUAAACUUGAAAGAACCCAAACAUUGACUUCACUAUGUUACUGAAAUAGUGUCUAACUAACAAUACUGGUUAAACGUGUGUUAGAUUGUGUUAGUCUUGAUCAAACUAAUCGCCGUGACUUUUCAACAGCACCAGGUUUCGUCAAUUUUACGUGACUUUUUUUUUUUUUCUAAAUUUUUAUUUUUCACAACAAACGCAUCUUGGCCGUUAAAGUCAUCAUCUGGAUUUAACCAAACAAUUAGGUAAGAAUCUUCCUUUGGUUAACUGUUGUCGGUGUUAGUGUUUGGGUAGCUUCGCCUUUUCUAAACUGCAUUGCGGGAGGCUCGUCGUCCUGGAACAUACUGUAGUUUACAAAUCGUCACCAGAGAGAGUCCUAAAUUAACAUCAAUCUCGUUACUAAUCUAUCAGUAAAACCUGCUGGUGGUGGUAAGUGAUCAGCAUGAAUCGUACAUUGACGAGAAUCGUCAAUUACGGGGACUUGGCGCCGCGUAAAUAUUUGGAGGAAUCAAAUUGUGGAGAAAUAAUACUUACAGGUAAUAAUAAUUGGACUAGAACUUGUACGCUGUAUGACAGCAUGUUAUCACAGAGGCUUUAUGGAAUCAGCAUUGAAAGAAAGAGACUUGUGCAUGCCAAGUGUUACCUGUUAUUAUUGUCUACGUCAUUUAGAAUGGAGCUAAACCAAAGAAAUAGUUCAUGUCAACUGUAUUUCACAAGGUAGCCAUGAUAUGAUUUAGCUGAAAUAUAAGAAUGAUAUGGUUUUAUAAUAGAAUCAGUCAAGUGUUGGGAUAGAGUGAAAAAGAAGUUUUCCAUGAUGCACCCUAUGUUCUCUCUCAAAUGUGUGCAAUAUUAACCCCUUCAGCCCUGUGUGGAGUGUUUUUGAUUGAUUUUUUUGUAGGUUUAAAUCCAUCCUUUGGUCCUCUGCUGUGAUCCUCGGGAAUGGAAAACAUACCUUCCUUUGAGAAUACACGGGCAGAAGACCUCUUUUCCUUUCAACAAUGAUCGAUUUCCCCCAUCUUUUAUCACACUAAGGCUUCCAAGUGUGCGAAAUUCCAUCCAGCCUGAGAAGAGUUGUUUUUGCCAUCCUCCAGUCUGACCUUUAUGCGACAAGAGAUUAAGCAUUUUUCCUAUUCCCCGCCCAUCCUUUACUACAAGUUUAUUUUUUAUUUUUAUUUUUUAUACAUGUUAGACAAAUUACCAUAAAAAAAAUCUUCAUUAUUAAAAAAAAAAAAAAAAAAAAAAAAAAAAAAAAGUAAUGAAAAGGACUUGAAGCCAUCCUCAGUGUUGUUAAGCAGUCUACCGAGAUUACUGCCCUGGACGAGCCACCCCAACCCAUUUCCUUUUUAUCUUAUGGAUCAAGUGUUCCUCCAGGACUUCAUACUGAAACAAGGCACCCUGUCAUCAACCUGCAAAAGAGUCCACUUCUAACCACUUCAGCAGUCCCUUUGGUCUGGAAAUAAGAGCUACUGAGUUCAAAGUUCAUAGCCGGCCGGCUCAAAACUCCAGCCAGCCAGCCAGCCAGCCAGCCAGCCAGCCAGCCAGCCUCACAAUGACUAACAAUGGAGAUGACUGCUACUUCUUUUACUAUUCUACCUGCCAUAAAGGAGACAGCUGCCCUUUUAGGCACUGUGAAGCAGCCAUGGGCAACGAGACCGUCUGCAAUCUCUGGCAGGAGGGGCGUUGCUUCCGAAACGUCUGCAAGUUUCGCCACAUGGAGAUCACAAAAAAACGCAAGGAAAUCCCGUGUUAUUGGGAGAGCCACCCGGCCGGCUGCCAAAAACCACACUGUGCCUUUUUUCAUGAAAAGCCGCGUCAUGUUGAUGGCAUUCUUAUCCCACCCGACACCAAUCAAAGUGACAAUGAGGAAGCGCAGCACGAAGAGCCGGCGGCCCCGCAGGCAGUCGCUCCUCUCGCCACUGCAAGCAAUCCCCAGCUGAGAGGCGUUCUGAAGACCGAAAGCCAGGAAACAGUCCCGAGCCCUACUCAUCCGCCUGUGGUGAUUAAUCCAGCGGAUGAUGAUGAGGAUGAAGACGACCAAUUCUCAGAGGAAGGAGAUGGCCCGUCCCCAAGAAAAAGAUGCAAGGCUGCCGAUGAAUCGCACAACUUUGGAGUGGCCACCCUGGAGGAGAUCCGGCUCCGGAGGGCCCUAAAAGCCGGCAUGAACCGAGCUGAUGUGGCUGUCAAUGGCCAGAAAGAAAACAUCCGGCUACCCUUUAGUACGUCCAACCCAGGCAAACUAGAAACUUUGAGAUCACCGCCUACUGUUGCUGACUGGCUCGGGAGACCGAGAGACACCACUUGUCUAAAGGUCGACGGGAAUGUUGUUCCUAUCAAAAACAGCCUGUCAAAGCGUUUGGGGAGAUUUGUGAGAGAAGAACAAGCGCCCUGUCAGAAAGCAGAUGAGAGCGGCGCAGUGUCAAAAAGCACAUCCCAGCAAAUUCGCAUCAAAACCUUGGAGGAAAUAAGAAUGGAAAAAGCGGCAAAAUCACGGAAGCAAAAAGUCACGUCGGCACCCAUCCAGACAUCGAAGGCUCUGAAGCGGACAAUUUGCAUCAAGGAACGCGCUAUUGACCACAACAAACAACCCAAGGAAAUCCUCCACGCAAAGAAGAAAAGAAAAGAAGAAGACAGCGGCCUUAAGAAGAUCAAAUCAUCAGCUGACCAAUAUUCUGUGGGGCUUCUUUGGGAGUCCCCAAAAGUAGGCCAAGUUAGAGUGAAAACCUUGGAGGAAAUCCGCAAGGAGAAGGCAGCCCGAGUUCAGGCCGAUGAAGACGCACAGGAGAAUAAUGGUGCAAAGAAGCUGCCGCCGCCGCCGCCGCCAUUGCAGCAAAACCAGAAAACUCUGUGCGACAUCACGCUUGACAAGAGUCUUGAGGUGACGAAAAGAACACGGAACGCUCCCGUUACUCCCGAGAGCUCCUCCGAGAUUGUCAAAGUCAAAACCUUUGAGGAGAUUAUGCGAGAAAAACGCCUGCGCAAACAGGAAACGGCAGCUUCCGUCGGCGGCGGCCAGGAAGCCUCCGUGACGACGACGACGGUGGCGGCGCAGUCGAUCCUGGAGAGUGACAAUGUCCCACCCGAGUGCCCCCCAAACAACGCUGGGAGUUGGCUUCUCGUGGAAGACGCUCUCUUAGGGAGUCCGGACGACUCCAGCAAGGUCCAAUACAAAACCAGCAAGAGCUCCACUUCACCAUCCUCAGCCAAGCAGACGACUUCAGAAAGACUCCGUAGUGCGGCAGUACACAAUCCAACCUCUGAUAGAACAAAUACCACGGACACAAAAGUGCGGCCCAAACUGAACGUGAAGCCGUCUGUUAUGAAGCCUGCCUUACAAGUCAACGCAGGCCAGAAGCGGAAGAGAGCAGCGCCACCACGCUCUGCCAUAGCUGCCGUUAAACCUCUCAACAGCGCCGCCGCCGCCGCCGCCAUCCUUUUAGAGGAAUCGACUGCGAGGAGGGACUUGGACGUGCCGAGCCCCCGAGUUUGCACAUCAAGUACGGGGCCACAGAGCAUCCGUGUUUCGCAGCGCAAUCCCAGCCAAGACACCAGGAUGGAUGUCAGUCUUGCUACUACUGUGGAAGCCCCACCAAGAGGAUCAUCUGGACGGAGAUGUGGACCCAGGCAUCGGGGAGGACGAUCUCCUGCAGGAACUGUCCGACAUGAUUGGCAGCUGAGGCAGCUUUUCCAUUGUUGGCCCAGCUCAGUCGACGACACAGACGUUGAUAUUUACUCAUUGUGUUUCUACUCGGGACCCCCGUAUAGCUCUCAUUUACUCGGGGUUGAUCUUUGUUGUCUUUUUCUGUCGUCUUAUGCUCAAUACCCGGGAGAUUUUAGGCGUUGGACAAAUUGUGUAUACUGUGUAUGCACUGGCAAAAUCCAAAUGUAUGUAUAUGUUAAAAGACAAAUGUUUCUGAUGAACCCGUUGCUUUUAGUUUCUAAUAAAUAGUGUCACUUUAACUUUCAUAAUGAACUUUUUAAAAGCAGCAACUUAUUUUUGUGUUGUAGAUUCCAAGGAGCUUAUCUCUUGUUUUGUUUCCUCCCCCUCAAAUGUAUGUAUAUUUUUUAUUUCUUGAGCCUUUUCCAGAUUUAUUCAGUGUGCUUUAAUUAGAAACAGGACUUCAUGUUGAAAGCUCAGGUAAAGAUUUUGUUUGUAUGCAUUGUUGAGAACUAUAAGCAAUAGUGUCUUUUCAUUUAAUGCAUUGUUUUGGAACGCUGAGAGCAGAUAAGACGACACCUUUCCACAAGUACAGAGUUCAAAAUAAUUUGUCCACAUGACUUUGUAAAUAAAAACGCUUUUAUUUAACAA